AUGAAGAACGCCUACUGCGAGGACGGAGGAGUACAACUUGAAGGCUCCCAAAUCGUGGAAACUUCGUCAUACGUAUACCUCGGGCGUUGUAUGAACAUGGAAAACGAUUUGAAGGAAGAACUGAAUAGAAGAGUGAGAGCAGCAUGGGCAGCAUUCGCAGCCGUCAGGGAAGCUACGGACAAACUGACGGACCAAGGUCUUCGUGCCCAUCUGUUCGACUCGACAGUCCUUCCAGCGCUCUGUUACGCAGCGGAGACGUGGGCAGACACCGCGGUCACGUCUAGGAAGCUACUUACUACUCACAGAGCCCUUGAGAGAUGUCUCCUGAAGUUUAACCGUCGCACACAACACCUUGCCGGUCUUCGUAGCUCCGACUUAAGAGGAAUGUCCCGUCUUCGCCAGCGGAAUAUGUAUCGAAAGCAAAACAUAGAUGGGCCGGUCACAUCAUGA